AUGUCGGAGGUUCUGGAAGAAUACAAGAGAAAACUAGAUUGGAAAUUGAAAUUAAGUUCAGAAGCGCCUCUGACUUAUGUCAGGAGACAAGUAGAUUUAGCAAACGAGAUUUUGUUUUGUGUGGAAAUUCCAUAGCCUUUAUUGCUUUUGUGGAACAACCUUUGUAAUAGCACUUCCGGGCAAAAUGUAAAUUAUGUUGAAUUAUGUAUUAAACUAAACGACAAGGUGUACAAACUUAGUGUCAACAGGGGAGAGACACCAAUAUAAAUCCGAAGUAGAUAAGAGCAACAAGGAGCUUGAAAAGUACAAAAAGAAAUGCAGUGAUUUGGAACAAGAGAGGGAUAACCUAUUAGAACAGAUGAUGAAUGAGAAAGAUAAAAUGGAACAGGAAAUAUCUGACCUGACACUUGUAAACAAAGAGCUGGCAGAAUAUGUGGAAACUCUUGAAAAGAGAGACUUUCUGAACUGUCAGGGGAGAAAGAUGCAUGAAGUUGGAAGCAAACAGAAGGGAAGGAAACUGCGGGUUCUCAAAAAUAAAGCACAAUGCGCCUUAUGGUUUAUGAAGAGCUUCGGCCUUGAAAUGAGUCAAAUUAAACUAAAAGAUGAGGAUGGUAGUAAUUACUCGUUUGACUAUGCUGCAGACCAUGAUGCUUCCUCAAAUUUAUGUCAAAAUGAUAUAAAAGAAAGGGUUGAACAAAUUCUCUUCCUUUUGGACAAAUUCUGUGUUGGCGAUGCAGUCUAUCAUGAAUUUACUAGUUUAUCAGAUGAUUUACCAAAAUCAUAUCUAGUGAAACAAAUGAAAGGGAAUAUGAACAAAACCUACCUACCAUAUUGA